AUGUCAGGAUCAGGACUGUCAGAGACAGAAAGAGCUGGAUGUGUGAAAAUACUGAAGUUACUGUCCAGAGGCGACUUACAGUCAUUAAGUGAUACUGUCACGAAUAAGAUGAUAGUUGUGGAGAAUGAAACGGGUAAGCUUUAGAUUCAACUGUUUGCUGCUUAGCAAGACUAUGAAAUUCACUUUCCCAUAAUGCCAGUGAAGUAUUUUUGCCACACCCAUAUAGACGAGCAGUGUUUCAUAAUACAUGUGUUAAAGGAAAUCUAAUUCACGUAUUUUUAGUUCGUUUAAUCAUACUGUUUUACUUCUUAACAGAGGCUUUGGAAACUAUUUUGUCCUUCACUAAAAACGCAGAGGAGCUGCUGAGAAGAAAAAAGGUUCACCGUGAGUUAAUAUUCAGGUACCUGGCCAAGGAAGGUGUAUCUAUGCCCCCGAACAGCGAGAAACACCUCCUGGUGAAAAGGACCCUGGAGCUCUGGACACCUGGGAAGGUAAGUGCUGGUGAAAGUUUUUCUCAUUCACCUUAGAUCAGUGGUUCUCAACUGGGGGGCUGGGGGCGCAGACUCACCAGCUAUUAGUACAAAGGAGAUGUAGCAGAGGCCCAGGCGGUUGGACUAUGGAUCAAUUUAAAGCCUACCACAUCAAGAAGCUGCAGCACGGCAUGGCAAAUGUCAACAAAAGUUUCCUACUAUUUUGCCCCAGCCACUCAAAUGACCAAGUAAGCAGGACAAACAUCCUGCUUAGACCAACCGGUGAUGAUCAGUCUCCACAACUAGAGAAGCUCACACACCAAGGAUCCUUCACAACGUUACACACGCGUGCAUGCACACACAGAGCAGCGAUCUGAUGUAAACAUCGAUAUUAACUGUAUAAACUUCAUCACCGGAGUCCCUCAUCUACACACCUGUCUCAGACCCACCUGUGUUCACAAAGCUACAUCUUUCACAGGAGCUCAUCACACCACACCACUGUUUAACAGAGAUCUGAUAUAAAAUAACAGAGGACACGUGACCUCAAAAAAUAUAAAACAUCCCGAUCCCUGUCCACCACACAUCCAAGCAGAGACAUAACUGAUCAGACCUUCAGGAAAAAUUUCUUACCUUCACUCUGAGUCUGAAACAGUCAGCAUUAUCAGUCAUCCAGCUCCAGCAGGUUAAUAGGCCGCUGACAUUAUUCCUGUUUACAUCCGCAGUCAGCGUGUUUCAUCCAUUUGCAUUGUGUGAAAAAAGUUUUAGCUUGCUUUAGCUGCAGGUGACCUGAUAGAGGCAGACAGCAGGAGCAUCUCUUGACUUGGUACCGAGUCAGACCACAUGUCCAGACAGGCUGUGACUAACUCACCGCGUCAGCCGACCAGAAACAUAGUCGGGUCACGAAGUGAGAUUCUGUGACCAUACUCUGGCAAGGAUGUUUUGACGAUUGAUUUGAUCUCUAUGGACCCUUUAGAAAAGAUUUAGCCCCCAGGUCCCUCGCAAAAAUCCCCACAUUUUUUGCUAGACAGCUAAAUUCAAGAUGGCGGCCGGCGCCAUCUCUAAAAAUUAACUUUUGCUCUGAAAGACCUAGAAUCAUGUAUGAAGUCACUAUUCCAUACAGUCAAGCAUGAGGAUUCCAAAUCUGACAUAGUUUUAAUCAUACAACUUUGUUUUGACCGUGAUAUUCAAGAUGGCUGCCAUCUAGUACUGUAAUUCUCAACCUUCUCAGGACUUGACCCCCCAAAACAAUCAUAUUUGAACUGGGUAACCCCCUAUUUGUUGACUCUGUUCCACAUAUAGAUAUCCUAAAUGUUGCCUCAGUCAUUCUUUUGAGCCCACAGUGCGAGGAGCUACACAUUUAGUCAUUCUUUUAAGCCCACAGUUAGAGGAGUUACAUAUUUGAUCUGUAAAGACAGUGUGCAUGCAGCAUACAUAGCUGCUUGAAUAUGGAAGAAAAUAAUAUACCAACAGGGACAGACGGCACUCAUGUAUUCUUCAGUGUGGUAGUCUGUGUAAUGAAGCCACAUAAACCAUUACGUCAACCCAGAGAUGGGUAAACAUAAAACACAAACAGUCGUUUGGCAGGUGGAUCUGCAGCUGUGGAACAGUCAUCCAACAAAGAAGACUGAGAUGGGAUUUCUUCAGUCUCUUGUUUUUUCUGUCUUUUUUUGGGUUGUUCCAGUUUAUUAGAAUUGAAUAGGGUCAACCUACAUGCUUCAUGGACACAUUUUCCAACCAGACCUUCAUCCCAAUCGACAGUUGUAUAGACAUGUCCAAACUUGUCAAGGCCACUCCAUAACAGUGCCCUGUGUUUUAUGUUUACCCAUCUCUGGGUUGACUUAAUGGUAUCUGUGGCUUCAUUACACAACAUACAACACUGGAGAAUACAUGACUGCCUGUCUGUCCCUGUUGGUAUAUUGUUUUCUUCCAUAUUCAAGCAGCUAUGUAUGCUGCAUGCACACUGUCUUUACAGAUCAAAUGUGUAACUCCUCUAACUGUGGGCUCAAAAGAAUGACUGAGGCAACAUUUGGGAAAGCAGCAGCACUAAACAAGCAGCAUGUGCUAGCAUGCCCUGACAUGAAGGGACAGCCAAUCAAAUUGCCCGAGUUAAGUACUGCUGCUGACAUGAAUCAAGCAUACUGUGAAAUGAUAAUGUUAGGACUUGUAAGAUCCUCAAAGAAAAAGAUCAUCACUGCAUCCAAAGUAAUCAACAAACAAUGCUUAACCAUUGGCCAAAUUGUCAGAUGAUAGAAGAAAAAGGCAAAAAUUGUGAAAAUAGCAGAUCUACAAGCUCACACACCUCACAAUACUAGGGCUGCAACGAUUAGUCGACGUAAUCGAUUACGUCGACACGACAAAUUCAUCGACACGAAAACGAAGCGUCGAUGCGUCGUGUUAUUGUUGUUAAGAAUCACAUGCCGGCGCCUAUAUGCUCAUCUAUAACUGCAGUGCACUACAGGAUGUGCUGGGGGCAGUAACGCUCGCUGUUUACAUCCCGCGAGCAAACACAGAAGAAGAGUGCACACAUUAUGGCAGAACAAACUGAAAAAGACGCUCCAAAACUCCGACCCAAAACUUCAAAAGUUUGGGAACUUUUUACGGAGAACAAACCAAAAAAACACGUCGAUCAAAUCUCAGCUUUCCUACCAUGGCAGCACCAUGGCGAUGCAUGAGCACCUGAAACGCCGACACCCCGGAAAUAGGUGUUUAUAAAUAAAGAAGAUUAAAUAAAAUUAAAUAAAUAAAGUGAUUAAUCGGGAUUAAUCGGAUGACUAGUCGGACGACUAGUCGACAAAAAAAUAAUCGUUAGUUGCAGCACUACACAAUACAAGGUGUUACGGGCUUGUAGGUCUGCUAUUUUCACGAUAUCUAUAUGUGAAGCAGAGUCAAACAAACUGGGGGUUACCCAGUUCAAAUAUGAUUGUUUUGGGGGGUCAAGUCCUGAGAAGGUUGAGGAUCACAGUACUAGAUGGCAGCCAUCUUGAACUGUAUUGAACCACCUUUGGGGGUAAAGGUGGCUCGCAAAAGGUUGAGAACCCCUGCCUUAGAUCAUAAAUAAGAAAAACUGUAUUUCAAACAUUUGAGCUUGAAUUUCCAGGGAUUUUCUAGGCGGAUUGCAGUUAUUUUAACUGGGCUGUUUUGCUACAAGUGGGCAAAAAAAAGAGUAAGUACAGCUCUCUAAAACCUGGGCAAAAAUCUCCUAAACAAAGAUCACUCAUCAAAACUGUCUGGUUAACUCUCAGUGAAAUUAUCAAAUUUACCCAAGCCUAUCAACACUCUUUCCUUAUUUUAGCAUGUUCAUCAUCAUGGUGAUAAAGCAACUUUACAUUUUACCUGAAACAGUAACAAAAAUCUAUUUUUAUUAAUAGUGCUGGCCAGUAAACUGUCACAAAAGCCAGGUUGUAAAAUGUGAAUGUAAAGGAUUUUGCUUUUUAUGAUGUACCUUAAAACAGUUGAACUUCAAGUUUUGAUGAUAUUAAGACUGCUUUGAAAUAUGAUCCAAAACAGCUGAGAAAGCCAAUAAAUUGAUCUUCUGUUCUCCAAAAAAAGCCCCCUAUUGCUACAGUGACAGCUUUGGACACCCUCGGCAUUAUCUUAACCAGCUUCAUGUGGUAGGCACCUGGAAUGGUUUUCAACAGUCUUGAAGUAGUUCCUAGAGAUGCUGGGAACAUAUUCCCUUCACUCCAUGAUCCAACUCAAAUCCAAACCAACUCAGCUAGGUUUAGGUCAAGUGACUGUGGAGGUCAUAUCUUAUCUGACUUGGCCUCUUCUCUCUCUUUUUGGGCCAAAUAGCCCCCAAAUAGCAUAGAGGUGUGUUAGGAGUCAUUGUACUGUUAAAAUAGUGUUCAAAUGCUGCUGAACACAAACUAGAUUGGAUGGCAUAUUGCUGCAGAAUACUGGUUAAAAGUAUGCCUUAAAUUCAGCCACCUGGUUGGUUACUGCUUUAUAAACAAUGAGUUUGAUGCAAGCUGUAACUGGAAGAAGACCAGAUGUGCAGCUGCGUUCUGGAAAAUCUGCAGAGUUUUAACUGUGCAAGCAGGGAGGGCUGUCAGUAAGGAGUUUUAGUGGUCAAUGUGCAAUAUUUAUUUAUUUAUGAAUUGAUUAUUUGAUGGGGACAUCACAAUUACACUGGACAAAUCAGAUGCAUUGUGUUUUAGCAAAUGCUAAUUUGCACGAGAGCCUGUACGAGGAGCUACGCUGCGUGUUCUGUUAGGUAGGGUCUGAUCAUCUUGAUGUUAAGGAAAGCAAAUCACCACCAGACCCCUCCUCAUAGCUGCUGACAAUGACCUCAUCAGUCUCCUCAUCCUCCUGGACCUAUCUACAGCUUUUGACACAGUCUCCCAUACCAUCCUGCUUCACUGUCUCCAUGAACACUUAGGCCUCUCUGACUCCGCUCUCUCCUGAUUUCACUCCUACCUCUCCAGUAGGACACAAUACAUCACUAUCAAGGACUCCAACUCGACCCCAGCUCCAGUCAACCAUGGCGUGCCCCAAGGCUCGGUGUUUGGCCCCCUGCUGUUCACCAUCUAUAUGCUCCCUCUUGGCCAGAUCAUCCGUCAACAUGGACUUAGUUUCCAUUGCUAUGCUGACGACACCCAGCUCUACAUCAGCACCAAACCUUCUGCCCAUCUCCCUCCCCUAUCACUAGUUCACUGCCUACACGAAAUAAAGACAUGGAUGGCCACCAACCUACUCAAACUGAACAACAAUAAAACAGAGCUCAUGGUGGUGGCCCCUCCAUCUCUGUCCAAGGAAGUUGGUAUCCUUCUGAAUGUGGAUGGCUGUACCAUCAGGCCUUCCCAAGAAGUGCGCAACUUGGGUGUUAUCCUGGACUGUAACCUCUCACUCCAAGCCCACAUCAGUAACACCACCAAAUCUGCCUUCUUCCACCUCAAAAACAUCUGCAGACUCCGGCCCUCACUGUCAGACUCUGUUGCAGAAACUCUGAUCCAUGCUUUCAUCUCCUCUCGUCUGGACUACUGUAACGGUGUCCUUUAUGGUCUUCCCACCAAAGCACUGGACAAACUACAGCCUGUCCAAAACUUGGCUGCCAGGGUCCUCACACGUGCAAAGCGGUGGCAACACAUUACCCUCACACUCAAGCAGCUUCACUGGCUCCCAGUGAAGUCACGCAUCACCUACAAAAUCCUACUCCUCACAUACAUAUCCCUCCAUGCUCUUGCUCCCCAGUACCUCUCCGAUCUCAUCCAGCAUUACUCCCAAUCAAGGUCCCUGAGGUCCUCUGGCAAGGGCCAGCUUGUCAUUCCCCGCACCAGGCUACGGACCUUUGGUCACAGAGCCUUCUGUGUUGCUGGAUGGCUAGUUUAUUCUGGGGUUUCUCAUUUUUGUGGUUACAGCCCUAGUGGAUAGAAGAAGAAGAUUUUUUUGAUCCCGGAAGGGAAAUUAGAGGGACCUGAUUGAAGUUCUUCCACUGAGCCUCUGAAACAGGUGGCUGCUCCACAACAUUAAAUCAACUUAUGACUCAUAGUUAUGACCUAAAAUGUUAAAAAUACGAAUGAACUAAAUAAGGACAGAGUUUACGCACUAUCAACAUUUUAGGGGUGGCACCAGCUGAGACAGUUUUAAUGUUGUAGUAACAACUGUUGUAGUUUCCAAGUCCCAGAGAAAUAACAGAUGACUUUAAUCUAUACUCUUGUAUUUGUUUUCAUAGAGGGAGGAUAAUUUUAUGUGCACAAUACAAGAGUACUGUUGGAUCAGUGUAUUUCAUGGCUGGUGUCAUGCCUCAUUCGCCCUUGCUGUAGAUUAUAUCGUCACCCCAUUAAAAUAAUGGCCUCAGUCAUUUUAUGAAGAAAUUUGUUCUUUGGCCUAAAUCAUCUCUUGAUAAUACUGGCCAUCUCUGGUAAAAUCGCCUAAAUCCUUAGAUCAUGCUAUGAUCCUUAGGCCAUUAUUUUAAUAGGGUGAUGCUAUUCAGCAUUUUUACAAUAAUCUGCAUCAGCUGUUUUUUUUCACAGAUAGACGAUAAAAUACAUUUAUUUUAAAACAUGCUUGUUCGGCUUAUGAACAGCCGCCUUUCUCCACCUAAAGUUACCACUCUUGGCUGUGUAACAAUGUCCUGAUUACAGUCCCCACUGAUUGGCUACACAGACAGCCAAUCAACACUCAAGCUUCUAGGUGCAGCUCCACCGCGAGGGAGAGAGAGAGGAGAGUGCUCCGUGCAGCAGGGGUAUGCCCCUCGAUUGAUUGGAUGUAGUGAUGGGCAUGGCACAUUUUAUAUGUACUAAAUCACAAGAAUCAGUUCACUAAAAAGAUUCGUUCAAAAGAAUUGUUCACUGAAUCACUGAAUCAUUCAGUGCUUGGUGGGAGGAGCCUAUACACAUAUAUAUAAGCAAGAUCAAAAAUCUACUUUUUGAUUCCCACCAGCCUCUACAGCACAAACUGGGUGUCAUCAGAACACUCAACCACCGGGCUGAGAACAUUCCCAUGAAGAAAGAAGGUAAAGAAAAGGAACAGAAGCACAUCAAAAAUGCCCUGACAACCUGUGGAUACCCUAAGUGGGCCUUUGUGAAGAACAAAAAGAGAAAUAACACUGAACACGAAAGGGAGGAGAGACGCAAGAGCACUGUUUUCCCUUACGUUGCAGGCCUGUCGGAAAAACUCAAGAGGAUCUUUGGCGAACACCACAUUCCUGUUCAUUUCAAGCCUGGAAACACACUGAGGCAGAAGCUAGUCUAUCCCAAGGACAAAACACAGAGACAUAAACAGAGUAAUGCGGUGUAUGCCAUCCAGUGCAGCGAGGAACAUGUACAUUGUUGUACAUUGGGGAAACUUAACAACUGCUUCACACGCGCACGGCUCAACACAGGAGAGCCACUUCCUCAGGUCAGGACUCAGCUGUCCACCUUCACUUGAAGGACACGGGUCACUCUUCCGAGGACAGCAAGGUACAGGUGUUGGCUCGAGAAGACAGAUGGUUUGAUAGAGGAAUUAAAGAAGCCAUCUUUACCAGGCUGGAGAAACCUUCUCUGAACAGAGGGGGUGGACUCAGGCACAAUCUCUCUGGCACUUACAAUGCAGUUCUCAGCUCUCUCCCCAGGAAGCUCCACAAACAUUCACACCUGGGACCACAUGACCCAGGUGGCAUGAGUCAUGUGGUCACAUGACAGGGGUCGUUAACUUGGGGGGGGGGGGUUUCUACGACCCUUUCCACGUUGUCUGUCCCCUUCUCCAGUAAGAUAAACAUCUGCUCCUCACACUAGCAAUUUUACAACUGAAGAAGCUUCUUGGAUAAGAGGCGAAACGUCUUAUCAACUCUACACAGUCCAGUUGCCUGUUUUUAAGUCUUCAAGAGAAUUCCCUGUACAAAGUAUGACUUGGGUCAUGAAUGACUUUAAUACCGUGUUUCAGAACUGUACUGACAAAGAUCUCCUGGAGGGUGCAUGGAGGCUGCAGAUAUGGGUUUCGACCUUGUCAUGUUGAUUUCCUCCCUUAUUUUUGGUGCUGUCUUUUCCCGAUCUCUCUUACGGGUGACAAGAUAUGUUUAUCCUCUGCUUUUGAAGUAACUUUCUUUCGUCCAGGCCUUUUUCUAUCAUCAUAGCUUCCGGGUUCCUCUAGUCUCUUCAGAGUGUAGUGGACUCCUUUGUUAAACACCUUUAGGCGUUUUGCAAUUUCUCUUUCUGUGUAUCCUUCUUUCACCAAUGUACAAAUCUGUACUUUUGUUUAUUUACUCAGUUGCUUCUUUCUAGCCAUUUCUGCAGUAGAUUGAUGCAGUUGAGAUUUAUUAGGAUUUUUGUCUGCAGACUCUCAAAAGCCAAAAAGUUUAAGUGAAUAAUCCAAUUGUGAUUUGUUUUUUUGCUUUUGCACUGAAGUUGUGACUCUUACAAAUGUUUUCAACCCUAAAACUAAUUUUAUUUUCUUUUGCUUACAUGUAUUUAGCAAUGGUCUGUUAACAUCAAUGUAUAUCUAAAGGUAAAUGGAGUAAAAUUGUGCAUUCCCAUGAAAGCAACAUCUGGUCAUGGAAUAAAUACAUCCCAAAAUACAUACAACUCAUGCUGGAUUUUAAAAAAACGCAUCGUGAACAAGAACUUGAAGUUACUCCGGACUGAUUAGCCUGUAAUGGCCUUGCUUCCAAACUUUUGGCCUGUAGUGUACAUACACUGUAGUGUGUGUGUGUAUAUAUAUAUAGAUAUAUAUAUAUAUUAGGGGUGGAACGGUUCACAAAAUCCACGGUUCGGUUCGUAUCACGGUUUUGUGGUCACGGUUUUCGGUUCGGUUCAGUAUACAUUAACUGUUACAAAAAUCAAUUGCGUCUUGUAUAGUAAACUGAAAGAAUGAGGCAGUCUGACAUUCAAUACAUCAUUGUGACAGUCUUAGGUUCAAAGGUAGGUCAGAUUCUGGCAGUGCAAGAGAGGAGACAUAGUUCAAACAUGCUUUACAUUUAUUUGGCAAAGGAUAUCUCUAUCUAUCUAAACAAAAAGUAAAAUGGCUCUUAUAGCUCUGACCCUUGAAUUAGUGAAUACAAAAGAAUUGAACUUUACUAUUUUACAAACAACAUUAUAUACCAUCAACAUAAAGUGAAGCAUAGGCUCUAUCAGCACUAGACUUAUGCCCUUUUAAAAUCAACACAAAAACAACAUUUUUCUCGUAACAUGUAACAACUCCCUGAUUAUUAGUUGUUAAUGAAAAGCUCAGUAUUUUUCACUUGAAAUUGAAGCGCAGUGAAGUGUGUGAAAUACAAUCAAAGAAAUCAGGCUGUAGUUUUGAUCAAACUUUAAGUGUCACUGUGUUAUCUAAAGUCUAAACAAAAUGAAAUAAAUAAUCCAAAUUAAGAGGUCAUCAAUAUAAAAUGCAGCAUAAACCAAAUUUAACAGAUCCUGCGCUCUCCUGCACUCUCUCACACAACUCUGCUCAUUGUAUCAUCAUGUUCUUCUGCAAGAAGAUCAGUUUGUCCACAUUCUCUGCCAAGAGACGAGAUCUACUUGCAGUGACAAUGUCCCCUCAUCUCCCACUCUGAGGUAAUGUAAUGGACAGUCACAGUCAGGAAACUUUCAGUUGCCCUGGAGGUCCAUCCAUCGGUAGUAAGAGCAACAUAGGCUGUGUCAGACAGUUCUUUCACAAUUCCCUGUCGGAUCUUUUCAUAAAGUGCGGGAAUUACCGAGCCGCUCAAGUGUUUGCGGGAGGGGGAUCUUAUAUCGCGUCUCGAGCGCCUUUAUCAUGCACUGAAAUCCCGCACCCUCAACCACGGCGUAAGGUUGCUUAUCUUUGGCGAUGAAACACCCCAGUGCCUUUGUUAUGCCCUUCGCCCUGUCCGACUCGUCAUUGUACGGCUGUUUAAAAGCUGCCAGGAGAAGAAGUUGUGCAGCGUUGCCCCUCCUUGCGCUGUCAACAGCCACACUGGGAUGAUGUCUCCGUAAAUGAACUGACAUGUUAGAUGUGUUCCCGUUAGCAUAAGCAAUGCGUGUUGCACAGUACUUGCACACUGUCGCACUUUUAUCCACAACUUUCUUACCGCCUUCAUAGUUCACCCUGAACGCAAAAUGCUCCCAUACACCGGACCUAUAUAACGCUGGUGGCGCGUCUUCCAGCCCCGAGUCUUCUCCGCUCGCCAUGUUCACAGCUCCUCUACAACUAAUUUCUGGGACACACUCAUAGUUGCGCAUGUGUAUGACCCGAACGGGACGCAAGCGCACCGAACCGGGACGGUCGAACCGAACGGUUCAGUACGGUUUCUUAAACCGUUCCAUCCCUAAUAUAUAUAUAUAUAUAUAUAUAUAUAUAUAUAUAUAUAUAUAUAUUUACAGUGCCUUGCGAAAGUAUUUGGCCCCCUUGAAUCUUUUAACCUUUUGCCACAUUUCAGGCUUCAAACAUAAAGAUAUAAAAUUUUAAUUUUUUGUCAAGAAUUAACAAGUGGAACACAAUCGUGAAGUGGAAUGAAAAUUUAUUGGAUAAUUUAACGUUUUUUAACAAAUAAAAAACUGAAAAGUGGGGCGUGCAGUGUUAUUGUGUACUAACCCUACCUCAAAACAAGACAUCUAACGGCCUCAAACAUAUUAAAAGAAUGAGAAAUUCCACAAAUCCACACUGUUUUCACCUGUUUUAUGAAAACCACUGCAGGUGACUCCCAUGAAGCUGGUUGAGAAAAUACCAAGGGUGUGCAAAGCUUUGAUGUGUUUAUGUUAUGUCCUCUUUAUUAAUCUAUGACAUAUAAGGUAAUAAAAACAAAGGAAACUACCUUUGAAUGGUCCUGUAUAGAUUGCUACAUGUGCAGUUAAUGUCUUCAAGCCCUGUCCUGGCAGUGUAUUUGAUAGUGUUGAUAAUGUCCUCUCCUUUUUCUUCUGGUGUUCUGGCUGAUAAGAGGAGCACACAGAAGAUGGAUGAGACCAGACAGAGUCUGCACACAGGGACAGCAUCUGACUCCAGGAGGGUUGAAGAGGGCUUUGACUCUCUGUUGCUCGGUCAGCAAUUCUGCCAGUGGUUCUUCCAGCUCCUAAACAGUCAGAACCUCUCUCUGGGCCAGCCACCACAGGAUUGGGGGCCUCAGCACUUCUGGCCAGAUGUGAAACUAUGCCUUCAUGCCAGGUACAGACCUGACUAACAAAGAAUUGAUCUGUUAGGUUUGACAAGACAUGGAUCUGCUUCUGCCGAUCGUUCAAAAGCUUGUUUGACAAUUGUUGCAUUUUAUGAUGUGAUUAGUCUUUUUAAAGGACUUUUAAAAGGUUGGAGAUAGGCCUGUCGCGAUAAUCAAUAAAUCGCUCGAUAAAUAAAAACGAGGUCGAUAACUUUGCCAGCCUCGAUAAUUGACGUGCGUUUGUUUUCCUCCUCUCUCGCUACCAAACACGCUGGAUGAGAGAAGAGGUCUCACUCUGCGCAUUGUUCUCGGCACCUGGGGGCGUUGGCUCUAUAGCGGAAUAAACGAAGUUAGUGAACCCUCCUGUCAGUCAUUCAGUGUCUUUGUCACGAGGGGGCUGGCGCGCACAGGCACACAGACACAGACUUUUUGGAUACAGUGCUGCAAGUGAGCGUCGUGAGUGAAAAGCAAGCAAACAGAAUGAACACGACAGCUUUGGUGUCUAAACCGAACGCAACAGCCCAAGUGUGGGAAUAUUUCGGCUUUAAACCAGUUUUGUUUUCGUCAACCACAAAACUCCAUGUGUGUGUGCGCGUGUGUGUCUGUGUGUUGGAGGAGCACAGCAGGCUGAUGAGAGCUGUCAGAGCAGACUGAAGCUGCUCCUAUAUGUUUAGCGUUUAACUGACUGAGUUUUGCAACUCUGUUCGUCAUUUUCGUCUCGUCCCAUCAACGUGAACGCACUUUCGUCUCGUCACAUUUUAGUCAUCUCCGACUUAUGUUUAGCUCGUCAACGUUACGUCUUCGUCGUGGGAGAAAAGGGAAAUAUUUUAGUCAACGAAAACAACCAGUGUUGUUCUCGUGUGGAAAUUAAAGUUUAUCACUUUUGACAUGGUGUACUCGCAUUAUUAUGCCAUAUAAUAUCAUUUUCUAUAAUUUAAAAAAUUGUGUCAAUAAUAUCGUUUAUCGGCGAUAAUUUGUAGCACAAUUAUCGUCCAGCAAAAUUUGUUAUCGUGACAGGCCUAGUUGGAGAGCAUCAAAAUAUUCAUGUAAGCCUUUCUGAGAGUUAACUCCCUUUUAAAUGAUCAGAGUAUUUGAUUUUCACAUUGAUGGCAAUAGAAAGAAAAGACAUUAAGGCAGGCCUUUGAGGCAAUGAUGUUGAAAUGAAUGUCACAUUUUUUAUUGGAUUAAAGUUUACUGUUAGUUGGUUUGCCAGAGAAGAUGAGCACAUUAAGCUAUGGUUGGCUUUUAUUUUGUUCUUACAUUUUAUUUGCUGAAAAACUCCCUGAAUCUUCUUAACCAUGAGGAUGGAGCUGUGUGUGUGUCUCUCUCAGGGCUGGCAGUGAACAAAAGGAGGAGUUCCUUGGUGCUGAAUUGGUCAGUCGCCGUCUCCAGGCCUUGACCAGAGAGGAGCGCCUUCUCCUCAGCCCUAACUUGGAGCCUCGUGGCCUGAAGACACUGGCCUCCCCUCAUGGCCUGGUGCUGGUGGCCGUAGCUGGGACCAUACACAGAGACAAAAACUGCCUAGGUAUCUUUGAGCAAGUGUUUGGACUUAUCAGUUCCCCACAGGAGAAGAACAGCUGGAAGAUCAAGUUUGUUAACAUGAAGAUCAAAGGGCAGGACGCCUUGGGGGGCAUGGGAGCAGCGCCAUCUUUGACAUAUAACUCCAGUGAACUACAGCUUCUCUGCAAUUCAUGA